GAACAAAGAAGAAAAAAAAGGAUAAAUUCAAAUUGGUGGAAGUACCGCGCUUGGUUCAUUACUGAAACUCAACAACUCAAUGGCCACCACGCUCCUCCGCAACUCCCCCACUUUCACAACAGCCAUUGACGAUCCUCUCUUACCCUUUCUCCGGUCAAUCAAAAAAGCUCUAGAAGAUUCCACCACUUCCUCCACUCAAAAUCUCAGCAAGUUACUCAGAGAUUGCAUCAAUAAAUUCAAGAACAAUCACAGCUACCGAAAUGAUCCCAGAUUUCUCAAGAUCUGGUUCCUAUAUAUGGAUGUUAGUGCUGAUUUUGACAGUGUCUUCAAAGGAAUGCUGAAUAGUAAUAUAUGUGCCAACGAUGCUUCACUUUAUGUGUAUUCUGCAUGUUUUUUUGAAGCAAAGGGUAGAUUGCUCGAUGCCGACACCAUCUACAAGCUCGGCAUUUCCAAAAAUGCAGAGCCAAUUAAAUGGUUGGAGAAGGCACAUACCUUAUUUCUCAGUAGAGUUUCUGAAAUAUGCAAUGUUGCUUCAAGCCAGAAGGUUGAUUAUAAAGAAUCUGCUACGUUGGAAAAUAAUGACAUUAAUCCAUGGGAUGCCUCUACUCUGAAUGACCUUUUGAAGAAGAUAAAUCCUUUAAUUACGAAAUUUGACGGGUACCAUUCGAGCACUAAAUCUUAUACAGGAAAAAUUGCCUUAUCCACUUUGAAGAAUGCAUCAAGGAAUAAAGUUAUAGAGAUAGGUGGAAUUAAGUACCAUAUCAAGGGCUGUGCUGGACAGGGAGGUUUUGCUCAAGUAUACAAGGCAAAUGUCGACAGUGAUCCGGAUGAUGUUGUGGCACUAAAGAUACAAAAACCAGCUUUCCCUUGGGAGUUUUACAUGUAUCGUCAACUUGAUCAGCGCAUCUCUGACAGAGAAAGGUCAAACUAUGGUUCUGCUCAUAGAAUUCAUCUCUAUUCUGAUUGUAGCAUACUCGUCUGUAAUUAUUUAGCUCAUGGGACACUACAGGAUGUCAUCAACUCAUAUGUGGUCAUAGGAAAAUUCAUGGAAGAAGUAUUGUGCAUUUAUUACACAAUAGAAAUGUUGCACAUGAUUGAAACUUUGCAUGAUGUUGGUUUGAUUCAUGGUGAUUUCAAGCCAGAUAAUCUGCUUAUUCGUUAUGCUAGGGGUAACCUCACUGAAGAUGGGUUAUUAGACCGAAGCGGUUGUUGGCAUGAUCAGGGUCUUUGUCUUGUUGACUGGGGAAGAGGGAUCGAUCUUAAUCUCUUUCCAGAUCACACGGUAUUUAAGGGAGAUUGCAGGACUUCUGGUUUUCGAUGCAUUGAGAUGCAGGAGGAUCGGCCGUGGAAAUUUCAGGCAGAUGCAUAUGGCCUUUGUGGUGUUGUCCAUACAAUGCUGCAUAAUACCUAUAUGGAAACCGUUAAAAAAGAAUCAUCUGAUGGGGGUUCUGUGUAUCUUCCCAGACUACCCUUUAAACGUUACUGGAACGUCGAGCUCUGGAAGACUUUCUUCACUAAGAUGCUUAAUGACUACCCUGGCCAUGAUGAUAGGAAGUUGUUGCAGGAAUUGAAGAAGUCCUUCCAAGACUAUAUCAGCUCCGAUCCUCAACAUAUAAAGAAACUCAAGGAGUUACUCGCGAAGCAAAGGGUUUCUCUGUGUUCUGCAUAGUGUUUUACGUUCAUUAUGCAUCCACUUUGGCUUUAACUGUCUAUGCAGCUGCUGAGUACAUACAAAAACACAAUGCAAGCAAUCAAAGACAGACUAGGAAGGUACACUUCAUUCCUGUUUUCCAUCACAUGCUCCUUACUCACGGACAAGACUCUUCCAAUGUGAAUUUGUUUCCGGGCGCACAUGCAAGUGUAUGUAACCUUGAUUUAUAUUGGGUUAAAGAUUACAAUACUAUAAAGUGAAGCAAGGAUAGAUCUCCUUAUUUGCUCACUUUAGAAACAAACUAAUGUUUUUAUGAGUUUUUCCUUUUAAUUGCCAUGUAUUAUGUAGUUUGAGCAACGGUCUGGAAUGUAACUUUUUCAAUAGUGUAUGUAAAUGUUGUAAUUUGUAAGCGAGUAUGACUAUUUAGUGUUUAGUUCCACUCGAAGGACAUUUCAUGUA